GCUUGUAGCAAAGACCUUGGAAGUUGUUAAUCAACCAAAAUCUCAGCCUUGGAAUUGUCAUUAUUUCCUUUUUGUUUUUUGUUUUUUUUCCCUUGUAUAAAACUUCCUGGAAGACGUCAUAUUCAUCAAUUAUGCCAUACUCCCUAGGUUCUUCAACGCAAACCUCUGCAUCUCAUGCAGAAAUGCAGCCUGUUAGGUUUGUGCAUUCAGUUUCCGCGGCUGGUCGGCUUCUCCCUUCAGCCAGCAGAUGGAACUCUAUAGAAAUUGAAUUCAACCUGGCCCCUAAAUCUUCUACUGGAUAUGAUUCACUCCCUUCAAGAUACUCGAAAUCAUUCGAUUAUGAUCUUGUUAUCACUGAUAGAAAGUACUUCAAACGUUUUCUUGUCAUAUCUGCCUCGGUGCUCCUUUUAAUACCUUUACUUGUUCUCCCUCUGCAUUUCUUGCCUCGCAAGCAUCACCUACAUGAACCUUCCAAGAAUCUCACACUUGCAUUGAGCCAAGCUCUAACAUUUUUUGAUGCUCAGAAGUCUGGGAAUUAUCCAUCUAACAGUCUGGUAAAUUUUCGAGGAAAUUCAGGAUUGAAAGAUGGCAGCGAGAGUAACAUUGACCUUGUGGGUGGAUUUUAUGAUUCUGGAAACAAUAUCAAGUUCAGUUUUCCCACAGCUUAUACUGUUACACUCCUGAGUUGGACUGUGAUUGAAUACCAUGAAAAAUAUGCUGACAUAGGUGAGCUUGACCAUGUCAAGGAUAUUAUCAAAUGGGGUAGUGAUUAUUUGCUCAAGGUCACAAAUUCCUCUUCCAAUAAAACAGUACUUUAUUCUCAGGUUGGUGCUGGCAAUGGCACUGGGGUUAGCAAUGACUUAAAUUGCUGGCAAAGGCCUGAAGACAUGAGCUAUAAGAGACCUAUUUCUAAAUGUAAUAGCACAGCCUCUGAUCUAGCUGGGGAAAUUAUCGCAGCACUAUCAGCAGCAUCAAUGGUCUUCAGAGAAGAGUUGGACUACAGUGGACAGUUAAUCAAAGCAGCAGAGAAGUUAUACGGUGUGGCUACUAUCGAAGAAGACACCAGUCAUAAGCAAGGAACUUACACUUCAGUUGAAGCAUGUGGAGGAGAAGCAAGGGAGUUUUACAACUCAACUGGCUACAAAGAUGAAUUAGUUUGGGGAGGAACUUGGUUGUCCUUUGCUACUGGGAACAUUUCUUACCUUGAAUAUGCCACCAGGAAGUUUAAAGAAGCUGCAGACGAAGAAAAAAUAUCGGAGAAAGGGAUAUUCUAUUGGAACAACAAGCUCAUUGCUAACCAGGUUUUAUUAGCUAGAGUUCAGUUCUUUCGUGACCUUGGCUACCCUUAUGAAGAUGCCUUGGGAUCUUCAUCAAAAAGGACUGAGGAGUUAAUGUGUUCUUAUCUAUCUAAUCAGAUAUUCCAUAAGACCAAAGGUGGAUUGAUCCUCUUAAAGCCUAAUUUUGGUCAACCACUUCAGUUUGCUGCCACAGCAUCUUUCCUCAGUAAGUUAUACAGUGAUUACCUUGAGCUCCUGCAGCGAUCGGGUGGUGUUUGCAGCAGUGAUGGAUUCUCCCUUAAAGAUUUAAGGAGCUUCUCAAUGUCUCAGGUCAAUUACAUAUUAGGAGAUAAUCCUAUGAAAAUGAGCUACAUGGUUGGCUUUGGAGACAACUAUCCAACACAAGUUCACCAUAGGAGUGCAUCAAUUCCUUGGGAUGGUCAAUAUUACUCUUGUGAAGAGGGAGAUAAAUGGCUAAACUCAAAAGAACCAAAUCCUAAUGUUCUUUUGGGGGCCAUGGUAGCAGGCCCAGAUGAAUUUGACAAUUUUACUGAUGACAGGGGCAAGCCAUUGUUCAGUGAACCAAGCAUAGCAAGCAAUGCAGGCUUAGUUGCAGCCCUCAUUGCUCUUCAUGACCCCCCUCACAAGUCCUCAAAUCUAAACGUCCUCAAUUUAGGCAUUGACCAGUUGGGCAUCUUUGACAAAAUUCGCCAGGUUUCUUAGCUCCCUUAAACCUUUUACCAUCUGGGGUAACAUAUGUGAUGACAUAUGCAGAAGAGAAACUUUGUUGCUAACGCUUGACCAAACAAGCUUAAACAAGUUUCAUUGAGGAUGGUUCUGCAUUUUUUUUGAAUAAUGUAAAAGCAAAAUUUACUUUGACAUUGAAAUUUAUACAGUAUUAGGAUGGUGUUAAUAGACA